AUGUUAGGUACAACUAGUCGUCGUUUAUUAUUGUGUGUAUUUCGGAUAUCAUGUCGAUUCAGUUCUACAGAACCUGGUGCUAUUGUACCUGGUUUAAAUUCUCCAUUACGUGGUGAUGGAGCUAUACGUCGAAGUGAACCAUAUGGUUCAACAGUUGAACAAACAUAUGCCGGUGUUUUAUCAUUUCUUCGUCGUAAUUAUACACGUAAUUUAAAUAAUGUUGAUGUUGCUGUUACUGGUAUACCACUUGAUUUGACAACAACAUUUCGACCAGGUGCUCGAUUUGGACCAAAAGCCAUUCGUGAAGCAUCUGUACAAUUACCUGAACUUAAAUCAUAUCCUGAAGGAAUUGAUCUUUUUGAAGAUUUAGCUGUUAUUGAUUAUGGAGAUUGUUAUUUUGAUCAGAGUCAACCGAAAACAAUUCCAUCUGCUAUUCAAGAACAUGCUAAAAAGAUCAUUGAGCGAAAUACAUUUCUUCUAUCUCUAGGUGGUGAUCAUUAUGUGACAUAUCCAUUAUUAAAAGCUCAUGUUGCUCAUCAUAAAAAACCAUUAUCUCUUAUUCAUUUUGAUGCUCACUGUGAUACAUGGCCAGAUAAAGAUCCAGAUGGUAUGAAUCAUGGUACUAUGUUUUUUUAUGCUGUAAAUGAAGGUCUCAUUGAUCCUAAAACAUCGAUUCAAAUUGGUAUUCGAACAUAUAAUGAUGAUACUAUGGGUGUUAAAAUUCUUGGUGCUGAUUGGAUUCAUCAACAUAAAAUUGAAAAUGUUGUUGAACAAAUUCUAGAACGUGUUGGUAAUAAUCCAACUUAUUUAACUUUUGAUAUCGAUUGUCUUGAUCCAGCAUUUGCUCCUGGCACUGGUACGCCUGUUUGUGGUGGUUUAUCAACGGCACAAGCUCUUGCUAUUAUACGUCAACUUGGUUCAGUAAAUUAUGUUGGAAUGGAUAUUGUAGAAGUUUCACCAUUAUAUGAUUAUGGAAAUAUAACAGGUUUAGCAGCAGCUACAUUAGGAUAUGAAUUCUUAAUACUAUUAAGAAAUAAAAAAGUUAUUGAUAAAUCAUUCCAUUUUGGUACUCGAUAA